CUAUGAUAAAUUUCAAAUUUUCCCCAGCAUACAGUCCCCACUUCAAUGGGUUAGUUGAAAGUACAGUUAAGGCCGUAAAAUACCAUUUAAAGAGAAUAGUUUCCUUUGCACAUUUGUCAUAUGAAGAAAUUAAUACAUUAUUAAUACAGAUUGAAGCUAUCUUAAACUCUAGGCCUCUCACUCCUAUCUCCUCAGAUCCCUCCGAUCUCGAAGCCAUCACUCCUUCUCACUUUCUUAUCGGACGUACACUCACUCUGUUGCCUUCUCCACAGGUCUCGAUAACUGACCCUGCUAAGAUAUGCACACUUUCACGUUAUGUGAGAAUACAAGAGCUGAAGGCUCAUUUUUGGAAUAGAUUUUAUAAAGAAUAUAUUUCAGAACUGCAGACCAGACACAAGUGGAAGCGUGCUAACGGACGACUGAGUAUAGGUGAAAUGGUACUAAUCAAGGAUGACCGUUUGCCACCAAGUCGCUGGUUACUCGGACGAGUGACCACUCUUUAUCCUGGCUCAGAUGGCGUCACCCGUGUUGCUGACGUACGUACUGCUGCAGGAACUCUUCGACGAGCAUUCAACAGACUGUGUCCGCUACCAAUACUACCACACCCAGUGCCAACGGGCGAAACCCAAGAUGUUUCUUCUUCUUUGUGUACUGAUAAGCGAGAACCCUAACGUUCCUGGGGCGGAAACAU